AUGGGCAAUGUGUUUAGAAAAAGGGUACAGGCUGUACGAGGUAUAGAAAGAGGGAAAUGCGCUUGUGGUGAAUGCGAGGAUUUCAUGAGGUCAGAUGGAGCAACUUGUGGCUGUUGUGGCUGUUUGCCGACUCGCCAUUCUAAAAAGGAUGCCCGCUACUCCUCUGACUCUGUUGGUGGCACAUCUGACUCUGUUGAUGGCACAUCAGGUGCGUGAACAAGUGAAAGUGCAAGUCCAGAGAAGUGGAAAGAUGAAGACCUGGGGUGGUUCCCGAACCCAAAGGGCGAAUAUACUGAAUUCUCAAAUAGUAUUCUGCCAAAAUUCUACCUGUCCUUUUGGACCACUUGUCGAUACAAGGAAGCUUUCGCCGCUGUUUCGCGACUGAAAGAAAGCGCCUGUGGGAAGUUCACGGGGCUUUGAAAGCAAUAAAUCACAUGUUGGCUUUUGUGACUUCUGAUAAUCCAGCGGCUGCCGGGAGAUUCAUGGAGCUUUAUUUGGAGUAUAGGCGUAUGUCGUGUCAAGAGCGAAAUGAGCAACCAUAUAAACUUUAAGUUUAUAUAAGGAUGAGACUACCAGCGCUCCACUUCUAACUCGACGACCAUAUCCCGAGUAUGGCAAACUACCAAACUUCCAUUCUCUCUUGGAAUGCAACCCCCCACCAAUGGCCGUGAGCUGGACGACUUCCAGCCUCGAGCUCAGAUUAAGCGAUUGUUUGAGGAAAGUGAACUAGUUAGUGGCGACAGCGUGGCUAUUAGAAAGUUUUCAGAUAAAUAUACUGUCCCCGAAAAGCUUGUGGCAGAGUAUGUUGAGCACCUUGCCCGGAUAAAAAUGCCCAGGAGAAGAAGAAAGAGGAGACUGAAAGGGAGCGAAAGGAACGGCUGAACUGGGAGUCUAAUGACAUUGACUGCGUUGGACUGUACAACUCCGAUAAGCUGUCGUCCUUGAGGGUGGACGAGCUAUCCUCGUACUUUUCUUCUUACAAGAUCACCUUCAAAGGGAAGAAAGCUGAAAAGGUCGCAAUGAUCAAAGCGCACAUUGGCAGCUUGCUGUACGAUUCAAUGGAGUGUCGACAACCUCGGCAGCCCCCACUAAGAAAUGUGCAGCAACAAGUGACCGCAAUUUCCGAGGUUGAAACUGACUCGCAAAAUGACGUAGUAGAUCGAGUUGUCGGUUCAAGCCUGAGUAGCUUAAGUGACGAAUCGUCACCGGAGACUAAUUUUAUACCAGAACCCCGCGCGGAAACAUUACCGCCGUCAAAAUAUGGACGAAAGCGGCCACGGGUCGAGAGAGACGAUUAUGUUAGCUGGGAGAAG